AUGUCUAACAUUCACACUGCAACCAACAGCCUGAAGAAGUUGUCAAAUUAUUUGCAUUCCCUCUCCCAAACUCCUCACAGGCUUAGGAAAAGAAUGCUUGCCACUUGGACCCCAGACCAAGAAUUCAACCAAGUGAGGCAAAGGUCUGGUGCUGACAUGAAGAGGAAGCUCAAGUGGUAUGAUCUAGUUGCUCUUGGCAUUGGAGGAAUGCUUGGUGUUGGUGUCUUUGUCACAACUGGUUCUGUUGCCCUUCAUCACUCUGGUCCUUCAGUCUUUAUUUCCUAUAUCAUAGCAGGAAUUUCAGCCCUUCUCUCUUCCUUGUGUUACACUGAAUUUGCUGUUCAAGUCCCAGUUGCAGGAGGAGCUUUCAGUUAUAUAAGAUUAACCUUUGGAGAAUUCUUGGGAUAUUUUGCUGGGGCAAAUAUAUUAAUGGAGUAUGUGUUCUCAAACGCUGCCGUAGCAAGGAGCUUUACAGAAUAUUUCAGCAUUGCGUUUGGAGAAAAUGAUCCAAAUGUGUGGAGAGUGGAAGUCCAUGGAUUGCCCAAGGAUUAUAACAUGUUGGAUUUUCCCGCUGUGGCUCUUAUUCUUCUUCUCACUCUCUGCUUGUGCCAUAGUACAAAGGAAAGCUCCUUAUUGAACCUCAUUAUGACAGCCUUCCAUGUAAUUUUCUUUGGAUUCAUCAUAGUCGCUGGUUAUUGCAAUGGAAGUGCCACAAACUUAGUUAAUCCCAAAGGACUAGCUCCUUUUGGUGUUAGAGGUGUUCUUGAUGGAGCAGCAAUAGUCUACUUCAGUUACAUAGGCUAUGACUCAGCUUCAACUAUGGCCGAGGAGGUCAAAGAUCCUUUUAAGAGCCUACCCAUUGGAAUUGUGGGAUCAGUUCUCAUAACCACUUUGCUUUAUUGCCUAAUGGCCCUGUCUCUGUGCAUGAUGGUUCCUUACAACAAGAUAUCAGAGAAAGCAUCAUAUUCAGUAGUUUUUCUCAAAAUUGGUUGGAGUUGGGCGAGCAACCUUGUUGGGGCUGGAGCAAGUUUAGGUAUAGCGGCUUCUCUCUUGGUUGCCAUGUUAGGCCAAGCAAGAUACCUUUGUGUCAUAGGAAGGGCACGGCUGGUGCCAACUUGGUUAGCCAAAGUACAUCCUUCAACAGGCACCCCAUUGAAUGCAACAGUCUUUUUGGGAUUUUGCACAGCAUUUAUUGCGCUUUUCACUGAGCUUGACAUUAUAAUUGAGUUGAUCAGCAUCGGCACACUGUUGGUGUUCUACAUGGUAGCCAAUGCUCUUAUAUACCGUCGCUAUGUAAUCACUAGUCAUACCCCACCAUUGCACACUCUCUUGUUCCUCUUUCUCCUUUCUCUAAGUGCACUAUGCUUCUCCAUGGCGUGGAAAUUCAAGCAGCAAUGGUGGGGUCUACUUCUCUUUGGUGGGUUCAUGAUCACCAUCACAGCCUUCUUCCAACACAUUGUGCCUAAUACUAGUAACCUUGCCCAAGAUAAUAAUGCUCAACAUUGGUCGGUGCCAUUCAUGCCAUGGCCUCCAGCCAUGUCCAUCUUUCUUAAUGUUUUCCUUAUGACUACACUAAAAAUCCUCUCUUUCCAACGAUUUGCCAUAUGGGCAUGCUUCAUUACCAUCUUUUAUGUGCUCUACGGUGUUCACUCUACUUAUCAAGCGGAGGAGAUUGAGAUGGGUGGUGUUAAUGAAGUGAAUUCAAGUGUACAGAGCUUACAAACUAAGGUAGAAAUUCAAGUGUGA